AUAGAGUCUGCUAAAAAAUUACAACUCCUUCCAAACUGGCACAUUUUUCGCCUAAAAACCCUACGGCAAAUUGUUUAGAAAAAGGAAUGUUAUUGAUAGGGAUUGUAAUUCAAUGACAGCGGAGCGGAACAAGUAGUCAAAAGAUCGCGAUAUAUGCACAAUGGACUUGAAGGUUUCUUUAACCAAUCAACUAUCGCCAGCUGAGACAAAGGUUGCGACAGGGUAACUAGGUAUAUCUUAGGGCAGUUUGAUCGGAUUUUAUCCCGAAAACUCACAAUCAGAGAUGAGAUGACAUAAAAUCUAAGAAUAUUUGGCACGAAAUAUGACACAGCCAAGAUAUUUGAGGGCAGAAGGGAAGGAGUCAAGGUACAUUUCUGUGUCAAGGAAUUCAGGCGCGUUUAAAGCUACAAGGAUCCACUCAGCAAUUGUCAAAGGCAAACAAACCUCACUUCCCUGUGAGGGACAGAAUCUGAGUAAGUUUGAACACAAUGGCCGCGAUGGGCCUAUAAUGGUUUAUGCUGAAGAAGCCGUAUACAACUACCAUAAGUUUGGACACUAUAAAGUUAUUAUGGCACUCAAACCGGUCGAUAGUCUUCGCAAUCAGUUGUUCUUUGCGAAGGAAUCUACAAAACACAAGAAAGAGGUGUUAAUAAGUAACAAAUCUUCGCACCUCCCUGUUAAACAAGCACCGAACUUUAAGGGAACACGAACAGACGGCAGAUUUCUCGACAGCAAAACGGCUGCGCAACUUCGAGAACGAAAGACACAUCUGAAACCUACUUCGCACCCGAACCCGGACUCGUUCGAAGAACUAAUCGAACGAUACAAAACUCGCAGAGCGGCCUAUGAUGAUCUCAUGGGAACAGGACACGUCGAAGUCUUAGACAAACUCGACAACUUGUACAGGCAAAGAAAGGAAGAGAGGUUAAAACUUUUGGCGCAGUUUAGCAACCUUGGAGAGAUACGAACUGAGAUAAAUACAUCGACGGGUUUAAGAGACCACGCGGCAGAUUUAGAGAAGGCAAGUAAGGAAACAAAGGAGACUUUAAAACUACCAAAGAUUCGAGUAUCUACAGUAUCCGAAUUAUCCAAGAACGACUCGCGAAGAAAGCUAGAUAGAAAGCACUUGCUUGUCCCGAGAGAAAAAGUAGGGGGUACUUCGUUAAGAGCGCGCAAUGCGAACUUAGAGAGUGUCACUUUUAAGUUACCGAAGCUCUAGUACCCAGCGGCUCAUAUUGAAUAUUUUCUUAAGUGCAAAACAAAAUCUCUGAUUCUUCCUUUUCUGGUGGUAAAGAUCGCAAAUCUGAACACGCCUGUAGAUUAUCUUUUCCGGAAAUCUGCUUACUGACAGAGUAAGGGGUUUUAUUAAGAAUUAUAAAUGAUUUGCGUGUCGUUCGCUGGUUGUCUUCACCGAGCCAUUGAAUGCGAGUCAUCAGUCACGGUUUAGUGAUCAAAAGGAUUUUAUAAUCACUGACCGCACAAAAGACGAUAACAGGGUUAAUUUAUUUGUAUAUAUUACGUCUCCGUAAAUGACUGCAGUUAUAGGACUAAUGAUAGCUGAAAAUAUUGCAACUAUGACAAAAGUAAAUGGCAAAUUAACAGUGGGUGAUUACGUUACCCUGCUUGAAUAAAACACGGCCUGAUCAAA